AUGUCGGUUGGUCCUGAUCUUGAUGAUGACGCUGUAUUGAAAUGGCUCGAAGCGUUCCACCGAGCGAGCGCUACUCUCAACACCGAUCAGUGGCUUGAUGAAUUCAUGACCGACGAUGUGGAAAUGCAAUAUGCAAAUAACCCUGUGAUCAAGGGCAGCGAAGUGCGGCAGAUGUUCAAAGCCGUCCUCGGCCAACUGGACAUGAUGACCCACGAGAUCCGCUACUUUGACUAUGUCGCCCCUCGUAUCUAUCAAGCCGCAACCAUCCGAUAUCUCGUCAAAGGAGACAGCCUAGACACCGACCAAAUCACUAUUCCAGGCUUUGCUGUCUUCUCCAUUCGGAGGGACGAUGACGGGCGUGUAAAGUGCUACCGGGCAGAGACAUUCCUGGAACCAUCGGCAUUGUUUCAACGAAUGGCUGAAAAAUCAAGCCAACCUUAG